AUGCGUUACGCACUCCUCGCCCUCGGCGCGGGCAACCUGGCCAUGGCCAUGUUCACCAACACGACCGACGGUCAAGAAACUGCUGGCAAGGCUGUUUCCAACACCUUGCCCGCUGUGGUCGGAGACUACGAGCUCCUCGGAUGCUCUGCCGCCAAUGAUGACUUCAAGAGCUUUGUUCAGGUUGCAUCUACUGAUCACAUGGACCUCGACUUUUGCAGUGCCAGUUGCCAUUCCAAGUUCAUGGCUGUCAGUGGCAAGGACUGCUUCUGUGGUGAAAAGGCCGAUGCGGCUCAGAAGCUCGAUGCCGGCAUGUGCAACAGCCCUUGCCCAGGCAAUCAGGCUCAGUCAUGUGGUGGCAACGGAGGUGGCAACGGGCGUCGCGAUGGCGCUGCUCCCAUGAAGGCCGUCUCCAUGUACGUGCGUUCCCAGGCUGCUGAGGCUGGCGGUGCUAUUACCAAGACCAUCACCACCACCAAGGUUGCCACCGUUACCAAAUGCUCUUCCACCGUCACCAAUUGCCCCGUGGGCAAGCCUACCUACGUCGUGACCAAGGUCACGGAGACCUGUCCUCGCCCAACAGAGGCGAUUGAGUGGCACAAGAAGAAGAUUACCUGCUACGGCGGUUACUGCGCCCCCGAGAUUCCUCGCCAGAGCGAGAAGCAGCGUGUCCUCUGUGACGGCGCCAAGUGCCACGCUGAAUCCUGCUACAACAAGGAUUGGAGCAGCCUCGUCCUUUGCAAGGGCGACGACUGCAAGUGGUCUACGAGUGACGAUGACCGCUGGUUCGAGAAGAAGAUUGUGUGCUUCGACAGCAAGUGCGCAUGGGAGAACUGCCACGGCGACGAGUGCCACAAGAAGUUUGUCUGCAGGGGCGAGGAGUGCAAGCAUGAGAGCUGCUCUGGUGAUGACUGCCACAAGAAAUUUAUCUGCGACCACAAGGGUGACAACUGCAAGCUUGCGCCCCCAUGCAAUGGAAAGGACUGCCCUAAGCCGCCUCCUCCAUGCCACGACAAGUGCCGCAAGGCUCAACCCCCCCCUCCUUGCAAUGGCGAUAGCUGCCGGGCCGUUCCCUGCCAAGGCAACGAUUGCGUGAAGCCCGUCCGUCCCACAGGCAUAAGCAGAGGCACAGGCACCGGCACCAGCAGAAACACUGGCACCGGCAGAAGCACUGGCACUGGCACCAUCUACCCUCACCCUAUUCCUACUGGCCCUCCUAUUGUCGCUGGUGCUGGCAACGUGGUUGCCAACGUCAUCGGUGCGGCUGCCGGUCUCCUCCUUGUCCUGUAA